AUGAUCAACAGGGAUCAGGUCUCGGAUUGUCUCAGCAGAGGAUGGAUUGUCUUAGGCCCAAAUCAUCGACUUUGCCCUCAAGUUAAUCUUUUGGAGGGUCCAAUUCAAGACUGUCGAGACCUUUUGGCCUGGAUCCACCAAGGAGGUCUUGCAACAGCUAUCCGCGACCUGCCUAGUUCGAGCCUUGUGCCAGAUCUUGACCAUGUCUUUGCAUUUGGCACAUCGUCAGGCGGACACCUUUCACUUUGCCUGGGAUUCGGAGUUCCUCGUCCCGUUGCUGGAGUGUACGACAUGUAUGGUCCUUGCAAUUUUGACGAUGCUUUCUGGACCACGAAGUUACCAAACAUGACGCUACCUCCGGGACUGGCAGACUCCUUCAUGAACAAAGUAUUUGACGAGGACCCAGUACCAAUCACUGGAGGUGUCUCCCUUGAGGGUCAGGCCACGGGACCACCUGACUUCAGUGACCCUCGUCAAGCAUAUGCGUUGACACAGCUGGCGAAUGGCAGAGUAUUGGAUGUAAUCUUUCCUUCCAAAGACUGGCGCAAGGUUGAUCCCGCAUUGAACAUCGGCCCUUCCUUUCCUCCCACGUUCAUUGUGCACGGUAUGGAGGACACAAAGGUUCCGAUUCAUCUUAGCAGAAAACUUUUUAAAGAUUUGAAAGAACAAAACAUCAAGUGCGAGAUGGUAGAGGUCCCUGGGGAAGAGCAUACCUUUGCUGCUAAGAUGGAAGUCGGUUCUGUUACCUGGCAGCUUCAACAGCAAGGCUUUGACUUUCUUGAGACUUUGAUACAUUAG